AUGGGGGACGCCGGAACUGGUCUUGAUGGUCCCGUGCCACUCUGGAUUGAUGGGGCAGAAGUUGUUACUUCGACUACUUUUGACGUCGAAUGUCCGACCGACGGAAAGAAACUAUGGACUUCGUCUUCCACUUCCGUGAAAGAGGCUCAAUUGGCCGUGGACGCGGCUCGGAAAGCCUUCACGACCUGGCGAAGAACUAAACCGGCCAAGAUCCAGAGCAUCCUGCUCAAAGCCGCGGAAAUCAUGGAGGCUAGAAGAGAGGAAUUGAGCAAGUACAUGAUGCUGGAGACUGGUGCUCUGGAGGGGUUCACGAAUUUCAAUAUCCAGACCACAGUGGACAAUCUCCGGGAUGUGGCGGGUCGAAGUGCGGAUAUCCAUGGUAUCAUACCUCCGACCAAGGAGCCUGGACAGGGAGCAUUUGUGUUCAAGGAGCCGUUUGGGGUGAUAUUGGGGAUCGCGCCGUGGAAUGCGCCUUACAUUCUCGGUACGAGAAGUUUCCUCUACGCUAUCGCCGCAGGGAACACGGCUGUCGUCAAGGGCAGUGAGCUUUCCCCGAGAGUCUACUGGGCUCUGGGGUCGGUGUUGAAAGAAGCUGGUUUACCGGAUGGAGUUCUGAAUGUGCUUUACCACCGGCCGAGUGAUGCGGCGGAUGUGACGAAUGCUCUGAUCGAGAAUCCUGCCAUAAGGAAGGUGAAUUUCACAGGUUCGACUGCGGUGGGAAGCAUCCUCGCUGCAAAAGCCGGGAAAGAACUGAAACCUUGCUUGAUGGAGUUGGGAGGGAAAGCCUCCGCUAUCGUCUGUGAGGAUGCGAAUAUCAAACAGGCAGCUUUCCAGGUCGCUCUGGGAUCGUUCCUGCACGCUGGACAGAUCUGUAUGGCGACGGAGAGGGUUCUGGUCAACAAGAACAUCAUCCAGCAAUUCGGCGAAGAAUUGAAGGCCGCCACCGAAGCAGUCUAUUCUCCCAACAACGAUGCUCCGGUCCUUGUAGCGAAAGCUACAGUCGAGAAGAACCAGAGAUUACAUUCGGAUGCCCUCCAAAAAGGAGCACGAAUCAUCUACGGGGAUACUGCUUCUGCUUCCCCUGACACCUAUCGCAUCCGACCUGUCAUCAUCUCCGACGUCACGAAGGAUAUGGAAAUCUUCUACACCGAAUCCUUUGGACCUACCGUCUCUCUGAUCCCCGUGGAGAGUGAUGAAGAGGCCAUCGAUCUGGCAAAUGAUACCGAAUACGGACUCUCCGGAGCAAUCUUCACCGAGUCGUUGGGCAGGGGAUUGAAGAUCGCGAGGGCGAUUGAGGCUGGAGCGGUUCAUAUCAAUUCGAUGAGUGUGCAUGACGAGAGCGGAUUGCCGCAUGGCGGCUAUAAGAAGUCGGGAUGGGGAAGGUUCAAUGCCAAAUGGGGGAUUGAGGAGUUUCUGCAACUCAAGACUGUGACGUAUCAGGAGGGUUGA